AUGGUGUUACCCAAGCCCUCGCAGAUCUUGAACAGCAUUGUUGCUUUGCCGGACUGCCCUGCCGCUUCGGCCGCUAACGCUCUCCCGAUCACUUCCAGCAUGGUGCCUUCUAAGCGAAGUAAAACGCUGCAAACCGUCAGUCCUGACCCCUCUAACCUUAGCCAUGCCCAGCCUCUCCUGCCCCAUAUCCCAUGCUUACCGGUGCCUGCCUGGUUCCCCUGA